AUAAAAAAAAAUACUUUUGACAUCGACAUUUAACAGUAAUUUUUUUCCGAAUUUUCCAGAUUUUAGAAAUAUAAAAUGCAUUUUUCAAUGCUUUUGAUAUUUAUCUUGUCCAUUGUAACGUGUGGGUUAAGUAACAAGGAUGUUGAAGUUAAGUCUGAGGAGGAUGUAGGAGUGAAAUAUGCCAAUAGAUGUGAAGUGUGCAAAAUUCUGGCUACAGAACUGCAAAAUCGGCUAGAGGAGACCGGUAAAAUUCACGAAGUUAUCGAAAUUGGAUACUCCCUUGAUGACGUACAACCGAAGAAGAAAACGAAGUAUCAGAAAUCGGAGCUGCGUUUAAUCGAAUCUUUGGAAGGGGUAUGUGACAAAAUAUUAGAAUAUAAUAUACAUAAGGAGCGGCAGGACAGCACGAGAUUUGCUAAAGGCAUGAGUCAAACCUUUAAAACUCUCCAUGGACUUGUAGACAAAGGUGUCAAGGUUGAUCUUGGAAUACCAUAUGAGUUGUGGGAUAAACCAUCAGCUGAAAUCACUCAUAUGAAAACACAAUGUGAGAGUCUUCUUGAAGAGAACGAAAGCGCUGUGGAAGAUUGGUACUGGAAUCACCAGGGUGUCACAGAUCUCAUGCUGCAUUUAUGCACAAAGCAUGCUUUGCUGGGAACAGAUGACUCAUGUUUACAUGAAAAGGAUGAAUCCCAAAAGGGGGAAAAAGAAAAUAGGUCUGAAUUAUGAUUUAGUUAUAACUAAGACAUUAGUUAAUUUUAAGUUUUGUGAUACUAUGUAUAAACAUGCAUUUAUUUAUCACUGAAUUGCGGUGUGGGUUAUGGUUAUGGGCUCCUUUUUCCGCACUUAGCCCGUAAAAAAGUCGGGCCAUUGUGCGUGACGUGCAUGCCGGCUACAGAGCAAGCCAGCCUAACUCCUUCCAGAAGCGCAGGAUCCUCCUGGUGUCUCCACAGGCUUCUCGGAGUGACCCCCGGCGAAUCGAGGAUUUUUGCCCGCUUGCGCAGCUACUCCUUCACAUUCCAGGAUGACGUGGUAAGCUGUUUCGUCGACCAACAGACAUCCCCUACAUAGGGGGCUGUCGGUCAUACCUAGAACAUAUAAAUGUUUGUUUAGUGGGCAAUGUCCAGUAAUGGUACCUACAACUAUGUGUAGGGAUGCCCUGUCCAAAGAUAAAAGGCGCUUAGUCAGACGAGAGUCCGGGUGUGGCACGGCUUCCGGGAUUGUCUGCAUGUACUGAUACUCGCCCAUUGAUCCGCGUGUAGUUUAUGUGUUCUGUGACGCAGCCAUGUUCUCAGCUGGUAAAGGGGAGCGCCAUGAUUGGUUCGGGACCCAGUAAAGUCUGGUCCGAUCCUCUUUUUGCCAGCUCGUCAGCUGAGUCAUUUCCUAGAGAGCCACUGUGCCCUUUGAUCCACUGUAGGGUAACUGAGUUAGUCUUUCCUAUACCCUCCAGUGCUUGGUGGCACUCUAGUAUGAGCCCUGAUUGAAUGGUCUUGCUAUCAAGGGCUCGUAAUACAGCAGCGCUAUCGGAUACAAUGCGUAUUUUGUGGCCUAUAAGGCCCCGCCUUUCCACUGCUCUGGCUGCCUCCGUGGUGGCGACACAUUCACAUUGGUAGAUGGAACUGUGUGCGCCUAAGGCCAUUGAUAUCUUGAUGUUAAUUUCUGGUGAGAACACACCUGCCCCCGAUCCUGUCCUGGUCUUAGACCCAUCGGUGUAUAUUCGCAGUUCGUGUGUGCCAGACCAGUCAUGCUGUUCUUCGGUCAGCCUUACGGUGUAGUUUUUCCGAAGAUAUAUUGUUUGGGUACCCUGUCGUUGGGAGCGGCCAUCAGUGGUUUAUAGUUGAUGGCCUCUACCAGAAUUUCGGCGUGGGCACCUAUUGCUGUACCCCAGAGCUUGAGUGUCUUUAGCCUGACUGCUGCUGAGGCUGCCUCUUGUUGGAUAAACAGAUCCAGGGGCGGCAGUCCCAACAGGACCUCUAAAGCAGCUGUGGGUGUAGUUUUCAUGCAGCCCGUUAUAGCUGUACACGCUAAUCUCUGAAAUUGCUGUGUGGGACUAUAUUAUUUCCUAUAACAGAUCAUCUGUUUUAGGGCUUGUAUUGAAAGUUAAAUAGGGUUAUUUUGUCGGUUUGGUGACCAAAUUGACCAUAAGUGUAAGUCAGCAACCAAUUGCCCAAAUAGUUUUGUGUGCUACUAAAUUGCAUAUUUUAUUAAUUUUUAUAAAGUGAUUAUGUGUUUCUAUUUCAACCCACAAGUAUUAAAAUCUUAUUUUUAAUAUCUUAUAGGAUUUAGAGCUGUAAAAGCCUAAAAGAUGUUAAUAUUUGGUUUACAACUACAUGUUUUCUUGAUAAAGUUUUGUCUAAUUCCUGCAAAAAAAUGUGGUUGCUAACUGAUAUAGUUUACAAAGUAUAAUCAAUGGUAGUUUGUGACUACUAACACUUAUUCCAAAAAAAGAAUUAUGAACACAAGCUGUUUUUAAUAGGGAUGUUCGGAAGUCAACCACAUUAUUCCUAAUGAGUAUUUAUAUUUUGGUUCAUUGAAUAAAGAAUAAUUAUAAGCAGAUUUAUAUAAUAAUUAUAAGCAGAGUUAUAAGCAGAUUAAAUAUCAUUUGUUUUAUUAUUCAAAAUUUAAUUAUAUUUUACUUUAAGCCAAAACAUUUUUUUAUCUAUGAAACUAGUUUCAUAAUUUAGUUUUUAUUGUUUGAAAUACCUAGUAGUCGCAAUCUAACACACUAGCAAUCGCCAACCCAAAUUCUUGCUUGUAACUAGCAGCCAGUGUAACUAAUACUGGCUAUUUUUACAAGGUACCCAUAUUUUUUUUUAAAUCAUAAAUGAAAGUAUGACAUUUUUUCCACAACUAGACAAUAUUUAGGGCCAAUUUAUAUGAUCGCCAUCUAUUUUACAUGUACAAGAUAUAUUGACUGAACUGAAAUUGACAACUAAAUGGUCACUAACCGAUGCAAUGACCCUACAUUAGGAUGAUGCAUUUACAGUUAAAUGUAGAGAAAAAUGCUCAAACUACAAUUUUUCUUUUACUAACAAAGAGGAUGCCAUAAGUUUAAUCUUCUCUGCUUACUUAUUGUGUAGCAGAGCUGUGUUGUAACAAAUUUUAUCUGUUUUAUGAAUGGGAUGUUUGAUUGGAGAUGUUAACCAAACCUAUAUAAAAUUCUACUUGAAUGUUGAUACUUUGAUAUUGUACUUCACACGACCAGCAAUGUUGAAGUGCUAUAAUUUCUAAGAAACUUUAAACUGUAAUGAUACCAGUAAGUACAAUUAAGUUUUUUAGUUAGGAUUAUAAUGUUUUUAUAGUACUGAUUUUAAAGUACCAUCUUAGAAAAAAAAUAUUCCUAUAAUUUAUUGAGAUAUUUUCUAUCAACUUUUAUAUUUUUGUAAUUGAGUAACGAGAAUAUAUAUUAAUGAUCAAUGUAUGUAGUUUUUAAUUAAUUUAGGUCUUGACUUUGUGAUGGAUUGUUUAAACAAAAUAGAAAAAAGUUGAUUUACUAGUUGCAUUAAUUUGAAAAUAUGGAAUUUUCAGACAAAAAGUAUAAUACAUUUAAUAAUUAUUAUAAGUAUACACAACAGGAUGAAAAGAAUACAUAUUAGGUACAUAUUAUAGAACUGAAAAAGCCGCACAGUAAUAAAGUGAUUCACAUAUUAGUUUAUACAUAUAAAUUUGAUUAAUUUCAGAUGUUUCUCAUUUUAUUCUAUAAUAAAUUUUUAAACCAUA